CUGAAAGACUGUCACGAUGCACCUAACCACGAGUAACCGAAGAAAACGACGGGUUUCUCUCAUCGACGUCUCGCUCUCCGCUCCACGGGCUGAGGUCCCCGCGCGCGCGCGCUCUGUGAGCAGACGUGAAGUCUCUCAUUGGACGUCUUUUCCGCGCUCGAAUCUGACGGCGCGAUAUACGUUUUACCUCGAGCCUGUCGGUGUAUUGAUGUAACGAUUCGAGACCGCCGUGGAUGUGAGAGAGCGAAUUAGUAAAUGGCUUGUGUUAUUAUGGAAUACCGCUUUACUGGCGAGAAAACGCUCGCCACCAUACGACUUCUGUAUUUUUCACUGGAGUUAAGAUUCCGCGUGUAAGGAAGAAACCUUCCAGGCUGGUCUAACGUGUCUUGGUGCUACUUUGGCGUGUUUGUGGGGGUUUUUAAUUAGUGGAUAUGUCAUUAAUAUCACUACAGUUCAGUGCUAUUGAAUAUUAGUAUUAAAUGUAUAUAUUAAAUGCCAGUCAUGGCAUUUAGAAAUAUUUAUCUGUUCGUUUUGGCCGCGUUCGUGCCUCGGACAUUCCAGCUUGAGGUGAAGAUCGGGGUAAUUCUACCUUUCUCUGGUAAAUACCACUGGGUGCUGUCGAAGACACGACCGGCCAUAGAAUACGCCAGGGAAUCCGUGAUGAACGAUCCCACCCUUCUCGCUGGCCACAACAUCACGCUGGUCAUCAAAGAUUCUAAAUGUUCCCACACGUACGGUCCUCUGGCGGCCAUAGACAUGUACGUGGAUAAGAGUGCGCACGUGUUCCUCGGACCGAGUUGCGACUACGCCGUGGCUCCCAUAGCUCGAUUCUCUUCCGUCAAGUGGGACAUCCCGAUCAUCUCGGCCGGGGCGCUGGUGACGGCUUUUCAGAAUAAAACCGAGUUCAAGCUGCUGACGAGGAUGAUGGGCGCCUACGCCAAAGCCGGGGAGUUUCUGCUGACUCUGUUCAGGGGCUUCCACUGGAAGCUGUUCGGGAUGUUGUAUCACGAUUACAAGACCGAUCGCAACAUCGGCAAGUCCACCUGCUACUUCACCCUGGAGGCGAUCUUCCUGGUCCUCCAGAACCUCACCUACCCGAAGGAGCCGUGGUACACGGACUUCGACGAGACAGACCCCCGAACGGACUAUGAAUCUAUUUUAAGAAAAGCCUCAGGACUUGUUCGGGUCAUUAUCCUGUGUGCCUCGCCCAACUCCAUCAGAGAGAUAAUGAUCAAGGCUCACGAGCUCAACUUCGACAACGGGGAAUACGUCUUCUUCAAUAUCGACUUGUUCAGCAGUAAAAACGACAGUGAAAAGCCCUGGUAUCGCGCUGAUGACACGGACGAACGUAAUGCCAAGGCUCGCAAAGCGUACACCGCCCUAAUGACAGUCACCCUGCGUAAACCGACCAGUCCGGAAUAUAAGACGUUUUCAAAGGAAGUCAAGAAGAGAGCGCGAGCCAUGUAUGAAAACUUCACGUACGGCGAAGAAGAGGUAAAUAGCUUUGUAGGGGCAUUUCAUGAUGCUGUGAUUCUGUACGCCCUGGCACUAAAUGAGACACUGGAGGCCAACAUAUCAAUAACUAAUGGAACCGAGAUUACGAGGAGGAUGUGGAACCGGACGUUCCAAGGUAUCACCGGCACAGUAAGCAUUGACAGUAAUGGAGAUCGCAAUGCAGACUAUUCUCUACUUGAUCUUAAUCCCAAAACAAACAAAUUUGAGGUUGUAGCCAAUUACUAUGGAAAUAAGAAGGAGUAUGAACCUGUGCCAGGAAAGACAAUCCACUGGGCUGGAGGGCGCACGUCCGCACCACCGGACACGCCAAAGUGUGGCUUUGACAAUUCGAAAUGCCCACCUGAGGAGCCGUUUCCCGAGUAUGGUAUCGUGAUCAUAGUCCUGGGAUCCAUCAUUCUCAUUGUUCUUGUAGCAGCGUUCUUCAUAUACAGGCACAUCAAACUGGAGGCCGAGCUGGCGGAAAUGAAUUGGAGAGUUAGGUGGGAAGAUGUGAUGAUUGGAUCGCCCGAAAAGAACCGGAAAUUGGAACGACAGGGCAGCCGAAUGAGCCUUAAUAGGCGUGCGUCCUACAAUAGCGACUGCUCCGGUGACACCAUUGCAGUCCACAUGCGUGACGUCAACAGUAAACAGUUAUUUACCAAAACUGGAUACUACAAAGGUGCAAUUGUAGCAGUCAAGCAAAUACCUAAACAGUGUAUUACCAUCCAUAAACCACUGCUGAUGGAAGUGAAGAGGAUCAAAGAUCUUCAGAACGACCACGUGGUCCGGUUUGUUGGAGCAUGCAUCGACUCUCCACACCAGUGUAUAUUAACCGAGUAUUGCCCAAAGGGCAGUCUACAGGAUGUGUUAGAGAACGAUCAAAUAAAACUGGACUGGAUGUUCCGCUAUUCCAUCAUGCAAGAUAUCGUUAGGGGAAUGGCUUACCUGCACAGCAGUGAGAUCCACAGUCACGGCAACCUGAAGAGUACCAACUGCGUCGUGGACAGUCGCUUCGUUGUCAAAGUCACAGACUUUGGUUUGCACUACUUCCGGGACACCGACGGCCACCAGGACAUGGAUUCUCAUGCGUAUUACCAAGCCAAAAUGUGGACACCGCCAGAGCUUCUACGAUUGCACAAUCGCCCGCCAGAGGGCACCCAGAAAGGUGACGUGUACAGCUUCGGCAUCGUCUGUCAGGAGAUUGUGUACCGCAGCGGGGUCUUCUACCUGGCUAAUCUAGAUCUUGGACCCCAAGAGAUAUACGAAAAAGUGAAGAAUGGCCUUAAACCUUACUUUCGCCCCACCCUGGAGGAUUUUGACUGUCCCUGUGACGAGCUGGCGGCGGUGAUCAGGAGGUGCUGGGCGGAGGAUCCGGUGGAAAGACCCGACUUCCAGGGUCUCAAGUCGAUCAUCAGGAAGUUAAACAAAGAUGGUGAUAAAGGAAACAUUCUGGACAACCUGCUGUGUCGGAUGGAACAGUAUGCAAACAACUUGGAGGCCCUGGUCUCGGAACGGACUGCUGAUUACUUGGAGGAGAAGAAGAGAGCGGAAGACCUCUUAUAUUCCAUGUUGCCCAAAUCUGUGGCGUGUCAGCUGGUUCGUGGCGAGUCGGUGACGGCGGAGAACUACGAGUCGGUCACCAUCUACUUCUCCGACAUAUGUGGCUUCACCGCCAUGUCCGCCGAGAGCACGCCCAUGCAGGUUGUCGACCUGUUGAAUGAUCUGUAUACUACCUUUGAUUCUAUCAUCGAAAAUUACGAUGUAUACAAGGUGGAGACAAUCGGAGAUGCCUAUAUGGUGGUGUCGGGGUUACCAGUUAGGAACGGCAACCUCCAUGCGCGCGAGAUUGCCCGGAUGUCACUGGCUCUUCUCGAUGCUGUUUUGAACUUCAGGAUCCGCCACAGACCAAACGAGCAGUUGAAACUAAGAAUAGGCAUCCAUUCAGGGUCUGUUUGUGCGGGAGUCGUGGGCUUGAAGAUGCCGAGAUACUGCCUUUUUGGUGACACAGUAAACACAACGUCCAGAAUGGAAUCAAAUGGUUUGCCUCUUAAAAUACACGUCAGUCCACAGUCAAAAGAAGUGUUAGAACCUUUUGGAACGUUUGAUUUGGAGUUACGGGGAGAAGUGGAAAUGAAGGGUAAAGGGAAAGUGUGUACGUACUGGCUCCACGGAGAGAGACAAUUAUUAAAAUACCCCGUCCAUCCUAACAGGUCCUGACAGUAGUGGCCUGUAAUCCACACCCUUACCAUAUCAAACCAACGCAAAGGUCAGAGGUAUCACCCACAAUACCGCGGUGUUAUCCAUAAUAUAACUGUUCAGUUCCACGUGAUUACAUUUCUGGGACUUGUGCUUCGAUACGAACGUUAUUUAGAUUUCAGAACAUGUAUACAUGGAACUGUCUGAGUUGAAGUCAUUUGUCAAGGUGAGGUACUUAACUCUGGCACACUUUUUGUUUUUGAAAAACCGAGGAGAAUGAAAAAACGCACUCUUCGAAAUGUCGAGGAAUGGAACAUUUUGGAUGGGAAAAUCACAUUUCUUAAAAUUUCGAGGAAGAAUGUUGAAGAUGAGAAAAUCACAUUCAUCAUAAUGAGGACGGGAAAAUUGCACUCCUUAAAAUGAGGACGAAAAAUCACAAUCUUCAAAAUAUUGAAGAGGAAAAAAAUCACAUGUUUUCAAAUGAGGAGGAGGGGAAAUCACACUCCUAAAAAAUAUUGAUUGAGUGGAAGUACGGUUUGAGUCUCUCAGAAACUAAAGUCUGCCGUCAGUCGGCGCGGCUGUGGAAAUAAGAAACGUCUCACAAGUGUCAAAAUAUUUACUAGUACAGGUUGCGAUUCCUCGAACUAGUCUUCCAAGUGGCAGUCCUCUACAAACGGAGUAGGAAGAUGCAUCUCCCCAAUGCUGGCAGUUCUUCUUUUAACGAAAAGUCCUCCCUACAAACGGAGUAGGAAAGAUGUAUCUACCUAGUGUCGGCAGUCCUCCUCAGUGCUGGCAGUCCUCCUUUUGACGAAAAACUGACAGUGACUCGUGUGAUCAGUCAUGACCUUAUGAUAACUUCCUUUUGACUCUGCCUUGUGCAGAGAUACGAUAUUGAAUGAAUCAUUAGAGGUGUGCAAGUAUGAAGAUACUUUUUUAGGCUGGACCAGUAGAUGCAGUAGACAUUUGGUCCAAGAAAUUGCUGGAACGGUGAAAGAUCGCGCUAGAUAUGUGGGGUAGGUGGGGUGGGGUAUUUGUGUUUGAUUAAUUAAUUCAUUCCAUGACUGUGUUAUAUAUCGGGUUUAUGUCCUGUGUUAUGUAUCGGGCUUAUGUCCGGUGUUAUAUAUCGGGCUUAUGUCCCGAGUCCUGGCCAUUCCCUUCCUUGUGAAGGAACACUUGAAUAGUCUCCACUGAUACAGACUUGUCGAAAUACGAGACUCGGGUCUACCGAGACUACUAGUAUUAUAAGAAUAUCUCCAUGACAAUCUGAAAGACAACUGUGCUUAAUUUAUUUCAUGAAUUGUGUGUGUGGCAGUGUUAUUUAUUCAUAUCAUCCACCUGAACUUUGUUUUAGUCAACAGCAAAAAACAACAACUUUAUCUUAGUUUGUCAGAUA